AUGGGAAGCUGCGUGUCGGUGGCCGACAAAACCGGGCUCCAUAAGCGGCGGGGCGCGGUGGAUGGCCCCGAGUUCGACCUCGGAAAGCUGAUGCGCCACUCGGGGAACAUCCUCCGCUCGAUCUCCAUCAUCGAGGACCCCACCGGCGACAACGUCUACGCAAAGUACCUGUUCGGGAAGGAACUAGGCAGAGGAGAGUUCGGGAUCACGUACCGGUGCGUCGCCGUCGACACCGGCGAGGCCUUUGCGUGCAAGACGAUAUCGAAGAGCAAGCUGAGGACGGAGGUGGACGUCGAGGAUGUGCGGAGGGAGGUGCGGAUUAUGCGGCACCUGCCGGAGCACCCGCACAUUGUGGCAUUCAAGGAGGUUUAUGAGGACAAGGAGGCGGUUUAUCUCGUAAUGGAGCUUUGCGAAGGCGGCGAGCUCUUCGAUCGGAUCGUCAGCCGAGGGCAUUACACCGAACGCGACGCCGCAAGGAUUACCAAGACCAUGCUUGAAGUUUGCAAGGUUUGCCAUAAACAUGGAGUGAUACAUAGGGACCUGAAACCAGAGAAUUUCCUGUUCAAAGAUGGCUGUGAAAAUUCCCAACUCAAGGCAAUUGAUUUUGGCCUCUCCAUAUUCUUCAAAUCCGGUGAUAGAUUUAGUGAAAUUGUUGGUAGUCCAUAUUACAUGGCUCCGGAGGUACUAAGACGAAAUUAUGGGCCGGAAGUCGAUGUUUGGAGUGCCGGGGUUAUCCUCUACAUCCUCCUAUGUGGAGUUCCUCCUUUCUGGGCCGAAACGGAGGAAGGCAUUGCGCAUGCAAUUGUCCGCGGUAGCAUUGAUUUCGAGAGGGAUCCUUGGCCAAAAGUUUCUGAGAAAGCAAAAGAUCUGGUGAAGAGUAUGCUUGAUCCUAAUCCUUACAGCAGGUUGACUGUUGAAGAAGUCCUUGAACAUCCUUGGAUACACAACACGGAUCAUGUCCCCGACGUUUCUCUCUGCGGAAAUGUCAGAACAAGGAUCAAGCAGUUCUCAUUGAUGAACAGAUUUAAGAAGAGAGUUCUUAGAGUGGUGGCAGAUAACUUGUCAGAAGAGCAAAUAGAUGGGAUCAAACGGAUUUUCGACACGAUGGACACUGACAAAAACGGGAACUUGACGUUUGAAGAACUCAGAGAUGGAUUUCAUUUGAUUGGUCACAGUGUUACUGAUCCUGAUGUGCAGAUGUUAAUAGAUGCAGCGGAUGCAGAUGGAAACGGCACGUUGAGUUGUGAAGAGUUUGUUACAGCUUCAGUUCACUUGAAAAGGAUAGGCAGAGAUGAACAUCUCUCUCAGGCCUUCACUUAUUUUGACAAGAACCAAAGUGGGUAUAUCGAGUUCGAAGAGUUGAGACAAGCCUUGCUUGACGACAACCUCGAUCCGAACAAUGAUCAGGUGAUUCGUGACAUCCUCUUUGACGUCGACUUGGAUAAGGAUGGUAAAAUAAGUUAUGAAGAGUUCAAAGUGAUGAUGAAAACUGGCACGGACUGGAAAAUGAGCUCUCGACAAUACUCUAGAGCAUUGCUAAAUGCGCUUAGCUCCAAAAUGUUCAAAGUCAAAGACAAAUCAUUGCAGCCAAAGAGUUUAAAGUCUUCUCCCUUGUGAACCCU